UUGGGGACUUUAAUUUUUAUAACAACUUCGGCCAAUCUCGCCGAUUAGUCGUAAACGUCACAUAAAUGACAUUUUCAUUCCUAUUUGUAUUGGAAAAUUUUUAAGUCACUAAAAACCAAUAAAAACACAUCAUUUGUACCAAAAUACAAGAGAAACGAUUCGAAGCAUUCAUGGAAAAUCUCCAGAACAUAACGUAACCGUAAAAAAUAAAUUACGAAAUUUCAUAAAAGAUGUACGCCGUUUUAAGAUCCCCACAUUUUAAAGGAGCACGUUUUAGGUUCUCAGAUUGUUGCCGAAAACAUCAUCUAAACAAAGAACACUGCAUUUGUUACGUUAAUUUCCUUAAUGCAAAUCUAAUUGAAACAAAGCGAACGUUCACUAUAAGUUCCCAUUUUAGUCCGAUUUAUAAUAAUUCAAGAUUAAUUUCGAAUAAGCACAAUUGGAAUUACGAUAUAUUUCGUCAGAUUUCAUCAACGCCUAUCAAUUUUGAGAAGGAACCCUUAAAACCAUCGUCAAAAGUCGAAGAAACUGUUCAAGAACUAAAGAAAAAAGAGGAGGAGAAAAAAACACAACCAAAAGAACUUGCCAAGGCUGUCGUUAAGAAGCCUUUAAGACAACGUGUAUGGGAUGAAAUAGUACAUUAUUACCAUGGUUUUAGGCUGUUAUUUAUAGAUGUUAAAAUUUCUUCAGGGCUAGUAUGGAGGAUAUUAAAUGGAAAAACUCUUUCAAGAAGAGAGUACAGUCUUCUAAAGAGAACUGUGGGAGAUUUGUUCCGUUUGGUGCCUUUUUCAGUUUUCAUAAUAGUCCCUUUCAUGGAAUUCUUGCUGCCCUUUUUUAUAAAGUUUUUCCCCGGAAUGUUGCCAUCUACAUUCCAGACAGCUACUGAGAAGGAAGAUAAGAUGAAGCAAAGAUUGAAGGUUCAGCUAGAGAUGGCGAAAUUUUUACAGGGUACCUUAGAUGAUAUGGCUGUGCAGCAUAAGGAUAGGAGCUCAGAGCAGGCUAAAGAAUUUGUCAAUUGGUUUAAUAAAGUGCGAACUUCAGGCGAACACGUAUCAACCGAAGAAAUAAUGCGAUUCGCGAAACUAUUCCAAGACGAAAUAACGCUAGAUUCUCUAUCUAGAAGCCAAUUGAUCGCCCUUUGCAGGGUACUGGAGGUGCAAACGUUGGGCACCAACAAUUUCCUACGUUUCCAACUCAGAAUGAAGCUACGUUCGUUGGCGGCCGACGACAAAAUGAUUCAGAAAGAGGGAGUCAACACGCUGACCCUGUCAGAGGUGCAGCAAGCGUGCAGAGCGAGAGGCAUGCGGGCAUACGGUUUGAGCCAGGACCGCUUGAGGGCGCAGCUGGACCAAUGGUUAGAUUUAAGUUUAAACAAGAAGGUGCCCCCUUCGCUGUUGUUGCUGUCCAGAGCUUUAAUGUUACCAGAAACCAUUCCCACUAGUGAUAAACUCAAAGCUACUAUAUCCGCACUGCCAGAAACGAUUGUCAAACAAACGCAAGCCGCCAUUGGUGAAAAAGAAGGUAAAAUCGACAACAAAGUCAGGGUCGAGAUCCUCAGAGAAGAAGAAAAGAAAAUCAGAGAGGAGCGCGAAGAACACCGCGCCGAAAAGACGAAGCAAGACAAAGAAAUCCUCGAGGACAAAGCUCCCGUAUUAUCGGCCUCCGCAACGGCCACCCUGGAAGACACGGCUCCGCGGAUAACCGCCACAAAAGCGGCUGCGGCCGCCAAAGCCAAAGUCAAGGACGAAAAUCUCCAAUCCAAGGACUUCGAGAUGAUCGAGGACGCCAUCGAUACUGUAUCGAAAGACAAGAAGUUCAUCGUCGAAAAAGGCGAAAUCAAAGAACUCAAAUCCGAAAUGGAGGACUACAAAGAAGACGUGGAUGAGCUAUCCAAAGCGGUCGCUUCGCAACCCAAGCCCGAGAUCAAGGAGACCAAGGCGGCCAAGCGCCUGUUCAAGAGCGUCAACAAGAUCAUCAACAAAUUGGAUAAGGUGCUAGUCGAUUUGGAGGCGAAGGAGAAGCUGCUGAAGCAGGAGCUGGAGAAGGAGUCGACCGAUAAGAAGAAGAAGGACGAGUUGUUGAAAAUCGACGAUAUCGUCGCCGUGAUACAUAAGAUUAAGGGAGUGACGGACGAGAGUAAGAUCGAGCAAAUCAAAUGCGUUUUGAAGAAAAUCGACGACGAUAAGGAUGGUGCUAUUAAGGUUGAGGAUGUUUUGAGGGUAAUCGAAAUCAUCGGCAAAGAGAACGUCAACCUCAGUCCGAAACAAAUCGACGAGCUGAUAGACCUUAUCGACAAGGAGGAGAUCCUCGAGGUUGAGGACAAAAUCGAGAAGGCCCUCCAGAAGGACAAAGAAGCCAAGAAACAGGCCGCUGCUGCCACCGAAGCUUCGGGAUCCGGUAAGUCUCCAGACAGCACCAAAAGCAACGAUGACACGAAAACUAAUCCACCCAAGUCGAAAGCUGACAACAGCAACCCCAAGGCUAUGCCACCCGCGCCGCCUCUACCCAGUAUUGAAAAAUCUAAAGACAGUUCCAAGACACUUUAAUAAAUGGUUUUAGUUUUUAAAAUCAAGUUGGGCAGGUUUUAAGGUAGAUUUUUGUACGAGUGUGGACUGUUUGGACAAAAAGCAUUUUUCUGUUAAAAAUUCCACUCUAAUAAAAUCUGUAUUCCUGGAAAGGUUCUAAAUCACAUAUAAACUUCC